UCUCCGCUCUCUCUCUCCAGUACUGAUAUUUCCCACAACACCUGAAGGACACAUCAUCCGGCUCCAGCAGUAGAAGGUCGAAGUCGCCCUGCAGCUGCAACCAAAAAGCACCUCCACCUCCACCACCACCACCUCACCUGUCCUCCACCUCUCCUUCACCUGAGUAUCAGCCAGCAUCAGUGAAACAUGGCACCUCGGAGGUUCUUCGUGGGAGGAAACUGGAAGAUGAACGGGACCAAGGAGAGUCUGGAGGAGCUGAUCUCCACCCUGAACACCGCCAGCCUGCACGAUGAGACCGAGGUGGUGUGUGGUGCUCCCUCCAUCUACCUGGACUUCGCUCGGUCCCAUCUGGAUCCAAAGAUCGGCGUCGCAGCUCAGAACUGUUACAAGGUGGCCAAGGGAGCGUUCACAGGGGAGAUCAGCCCGGCUAUGAUUAAAGACUUCGGGGUCGACUGGGUGAUACUGGGACACUCUGAGCGCCGACAUGUGUUCGGAGAAAGUGACGAGCUGAUUGGACAGAAGGUGGCUCACGCUCUGGAGAACGACCUCGGGGUGAUCGCCUGCAUCGGGGAGAAGCUGGAGGAGCGCGAGGCCGGCACCACAGAAGAAGUCGUCUACGCUCAGACGCAGGUCAUUGCAGACAAUGUGAAGGAUUGGAGUAAAGUGGUUCUGGCCUAUGAACCUGUUUGGGCCAUCGGCACAGGCAAGACGGCUUCACCUGAACAGGCUCAGGAGGUCCAUGAGAAGCUGCGAGCGUGGCUCAGAGCCAACGUGUCGGAGGACGUGGCCGACUCUCUGCGCAUCAUCUACGGAGGUUCAGUGUCGGGAGGAAACUGCAAAGAGCUGGCGUCUCAGGGCGACGUGGACGGCUUCCUGGUGGGCGGAGCCUCUCUGAAACCGGAGUUUGUCGACAUCAUCAACGCACGCGCGUAACGGACUCAGACGCCUCCGCCACGACCGAUGACCUUUAAUCUUUAGGUUUAGAUCUCGUCACGUGUCACUAUGUGUGUGUGCGUGUGUGUGUGUGUGUGUCGGCUAACUGGGCUGACUGAUCACAGACUGACGUGUGUUAACUUUACAGAAUGAAGCAGAUAAUCAUCGUUCUGUUUGGUUGGUUUUUUGUGAGUUUAGCUCUUUUUGUCAUGUUGAAACUCUUUCCAUUUCUCUUUUCUUUUUUACCAGGAGAGCAGUUUCAGGUUCCAGUAUCAAAUAUCAAAUCUAAACUUGAUUUUAAGUGUUAAUAAC